CCUCUCCGACUCCUUCCGCCCGGGCAGACGGAAGAGCGGCGUGGAAGGAGCGCGUGGCGUCGUUGGUGGCGCGUGGCUGGAUCGGGCGGAACGGCGGCGCGCGACUAAAGGCGUUGCCGGCGGAGAUACGAGGAGGACGAUGCCCGACGGGAACCGACGGUGGAACGGCACCCGGCCGGGACGACGGCCGACGCGAACGGCCGCGGCGCUGGGUUCGGCCGCCUUCGUCCUGGGACUGGCGCGCCUGACCGCCGCCACCUUCAAUCUCUAUCUUCGGCCCGACGAAGUCCGCAGACUCCUGGGUCUGAGCGCCGAACUGUCUUACGUCAGGGAAGGAAAAGUCAACGAUUACGCUUUAGGAUUUAUCGUUUUAGUACCGGCUCAUAUAUCCGAACUGUACUUCACCUGGCAAAGCCUCCGGCCUCCUCCGAUGCCUUAUUCAAUUGGAAUUACAGUUAGUAAUCCAGAAGCCUUAGGUUCACCUCAGCUAAACAUUAGUCAUCGUGGAACUAUUCCUACACAAGAAGAAGUUUUUCAAGUAUUUCUGCCAUGUACUGGAAAAUUAAAAGCAGAAGUAGAAAUAGUGCUACAACUCAAUAUUACUAUGACAUCAUCAAUGAAUAUGACGAGGCUCAAUUUACGGAGGAAAAAAAUAUGUUUAAAAGAUGACAGCCACAAUGGAACAGUUAUGAUGGGCCCUACUUCUAUUGCAACUGUCACUAAUUCUUUUUAUAUUGGUGUUGGUUGUGCUACAGCACUUAUUGUUAUUAUAGCCAUAGUUGCCCUUAUCAGUUACUUUAGGUCUCAAAAACCACAUCGAAAUGAAACCAAGAGCUAUGGACGAAGCUCUCCUGGAUUAUCAACACAAGGCCAAACAUUUUUACGUGUUGACACUCCUAAUAAUGCUAGUGCUACAGGCAGUUAUUCUAGUUUUCGCCGUUUAACUCCAGUUUCUACCAAUCCUCCAGUUCAGGUGAAUGAUUUCAGAGCUUCUGAAUUGACUGAACAAAUCAGUGAAAUAUCAAUAGAAAAGUCAAAACUUGGUUUAAAAGAAAAACUCCAAGAAGGAACUUUUGGUCAGAUUUAUCACGGAAUUUUAAUAGAUGAUGACAACAGUGAAAGUAAUAAUGAACAGCAUGUGUUUAUUAAAACUGUAUCUGAUCAAGCAUCAGAGGUACAAAUAUCAUUAUUAUUAUCAGAAGGGAUGAUGAUGUAUGGAAUGAACCAUAAAAAUGUCUUACCUGUCAUAGGUGUAUGUACUCAUAAUUUACAGAGGCCAUUACUAGUGUAUCCAUAUAUGAAUCAGGGAAAUCUUAAAAAGUUUCUACAGAAGUGUAAAUUUUCAGCAGAAGGACAUUGCCAUACAUUACUCAGUCAAGAUUUAGUGGCGAUGGCAAUUCAAAUAAUUCAUGGAAUGAUUUAUUUGCACAAAAAGAAAGUUGUGCAUCGAGAUUUGGCUACAAGGAAUUGUGUAGUAGAUGAUUGGCUGCAUGUAAAAAUAACAGAUAAUGCAUUAUCAAGGGAUCUGUUUCCAAAUGAUUAUCAUUGUUUAGGAGAUAAUGAAAACAGGCCAGUUAAAUGGUUAGCCAUAGAAAGUUUAUUGAAGAAAGAAUUCUCAGCUGCAAGUGAUGUGUGGUCAUUUGGAGUUGCAGUCUGGGAAUUAAUGACUUUAGGCCAACAGCCCUAUGUAGAAAUUGAUCCAUUUGAAAUGGAUGCCUAUUUGCGUGAUGGAUACCGUCUUUCACAACCAAUUAAUUGUCCAGAUGAACUAUUUGCUGUUAUGGCUUGUUGUUGGGCUUCGAUUCCCGAGGAGCGACCCACUUUUACGCAACUGCUGGCCUGUCUACAGGACUUUUACGCAGCCUUGGGUCGAUACAUAUGACGACGUCUGUCCCGUGCCAUGGUUUCAAAGCAUUUUUUUACCGGAACGAUUCCCUCGAUCGUAGUGUGCGGUGCCGAAAUUCGCCAUUUGCUCCGGCAAUCGAAUAAGAUCGAACGCUUCGAACUGCCAUAUUUUGGUUUCACAGUUCCUGUGGAUUUUCUUACGAUGCCGCCGCGUGGUCUCGGGAAAGAACUGCCGCGUGUAUAUGUGUACAUAAAUAUUGAAUUGGAAUAUCUUUGUCAUCGUAAAUGUUUUAUUUGUUCCGAUAAUUCGCCGUCGAGUAUAUUUAAUGAAGAGAAUUCGCGAUUCUUCUCUAUCCGCUCAAAACCAAGAGCUUGGUCCAAUUUGCUCAAGGCCCAUUUUUUUUAACUAUUUAUUUCUUCAUUUUGUAUUAUUUUAUUACUUUCAUUUUAAAAUAUUACGUCGAAUCCACUAUAAAAAUUCAUUUCUUCGGUAUCAAACAUAUAUAUAUAUAUAUAUAUAUAUACAAUACUUCAUUUUUUAAAAUGUAGUUUUGUAAGUUUUAAUUUUAUUAGGCUAUAUUUUAAGAUCCCUCGAAUAAUUGAUAAUUUUUUAAAUUUCUAAUACUAAUCAACGGUAAGAAACUUAUCGAUUCGACUGGCAAUCAUACUAGAAACUAUAUUAGUAUCAUUGUAAAUCGAAGUAAUGUACGUAAGUUGCCGAAUUUCAUUGGGUCGUGUGCCAUUCUCUAACAACGAACGUGUGAAAACUCCGAGAACGAACGACGAAAAUAAUCGGAUUAACGAAAUUCUAUAUUUUUAUUCGAUUGGUUACGUUGUUUCCACGGUAUUUCGGAAAAUGCGUGGCACCCGUCGGAUUGGCGAGAGCAUUGUAUAGAAAUCUAAAAAGUUAUAUUAUUCGAGGAUCCUAUUGAAUUUCCGCGUAAAAAUUAUUUCAAUACGUUGGUCGAUUUUUAUUUUUAGUAUAUUUAAAGUGUAGGGUGGACCGUUUACGAAUGCCAGUCGAAUAUAUAAUAAACCACGAUACGAGGUAUAGGAAUCUCGGUAUUCCGAACGUUAACAAGUUACGAAGACCGAAAGUUUUCGAAAAUAAAUAAUUUUAAUAAUAUAUAUAUAUGAAUUUUUGUAAAAUUUUAAGAUAUCUUCACAGUCUUUGCUUCACUCGUCACGUUUAAUGAACGAUUAAUCCACCCGUUUGUUUUUAAAACUCGGCUUUACGUAUUUCAAACUCGCGCAUCUUGGCAUUGUAUAGUAUAAUAUUAGGAUUUAUAUUUAUAUAAUAUUCAUUAAUCGUUAUUUGUUGUGGCGGAUUAAUUCAUUCUCUAAACAAUUUACUUCUUUCACACGUUCGUACCAUGUGCUACGCCGAUGGUACUUUACGUACGGAGAUUAGUUAUAUUCGAGCGCAGUUCUUUACCCGAGAGUCGUACGGUAAAUCGAAGUAAAAAGCACGGGAAUAACGUUUGCUAGUCAUCGAUACCCGAGGGAGAUUCUUCCGCGUUAAAAUAUUUAUCGAAGAAAUUGUAUAGAAACGGUCGUCGGAUCGUUGCUGCCGAAGACUCGACUCGUCCACGACGUAUGUACACGAGAACAAUCAAUAAAGUUGUUCGAUUUUAAAAAAAGAAAGAAAA